ACUAAACACCGAGUGGGCUGAUCCCGUGUGUGUGUCCAUCCCCGUGGUCCUUUCUCGUGCUGUUCUCCACGCCGUUGACAGCACCGGCCCGAAACUUUCCACGAAUUUUCUUAAAUUUUGAACGAUAUCAAUCAUGGCGGAGGCAGAGCUCGCGUCGGCUCUGAAAGAUCUGCCCAGUCGGAUGCAAAGCGCCAGCCGUAAAGUGCGGAAAGCGACCUUCCAAGCUCUAGUCGAUGUCCUGAAACACCCUGGAUUCGAGAAUGUGGUCAAGAAACUGUGCAAACUGAUGCCUUCCGUGUUGUUCCGUUACGAAGACAGCAAGUCACAGGCCUACGUCAAACAAUUCCUGGCUGAACUUGUGAAGACUCAUGCAGAUGCGGCCGUCAAAGGCCUGGCACCAGUUCUGCUGGAAGUGGCGAACAAUCUGAAUUCCAUUUCGCCAUCGAAAAACAUAUCACAGACGUCCUUAUACGCCUUGGACUGGACAUGCAUCCUGUUGAGUGCGCCGACCUUAUCCCUUGGACCAGAUUUUGCAGCACUGAUCAAGAGCCAGGCACUAUUCCUUUGUUGCAUCGUUGGAGGUGGCAGCGAGGCAGCCCCCCGCAAAGCUCAGCACUUGCUUUCGGUCUCUUGGAAGCGGUUAAAUAAAGAUGAUUUGUGUGUUGAGCAGCUAAUCGAAAUAUCCAAGUCUGACGACGCCAACAUUGCGUAUGUGGUCUAUGCAUCAUUCUUGUCAAAACACUUCUCAGAUGUCUCUCAAAAUGCUAAAGUCGCCAGUUUCAAGACUCCUCUGCUUGACACAUUCGUGAAAAGUUCAGUGACGUGCAAGCAAGUCGCCCGACUCGACCUUGUGACGGCCUGCGCUCCGUUUUUGAGGCAUUUAACUCAUGAAGACCUGAGCGGAACUCUGCUCCCCGCACUGCAAAGGUCGCUGCUCCGAUCUCCGGAGACCGUUCUGACCAGCAUUGCUUGCAUUUUGGGCGCCGUGUCGCUCGACCUCAGUCAGUAUGUUGAGCCCUCGGACUCUUCCAACAUUACAAAAAGCCUUUCCAGCCUUCUGUACUCCAAGCAAGAGGAUUUGAGGACCGCUGCUGCCGGAGCCAUCAAAAGCGUGUCCCAGCAGUGCAGCAACGCCACCGCUGUCGAAAAGCUGCUGCUCCACUUGUUUGGAAUUCUCCAGGGCUCUGAAGGCAAGCUGUCAACCACAGACCUCAAGAUGAAUGUGCUGCAGGGUAUUGGAAAUUUAUGCACAAACGCGGUGACUGGGAGCAGUGUGCACCAGCUCUCGUGCAAAGCAGCAGAUAAUUUUAUUAAAGUUUUGGACAGUGAAAUUCAUGAGGGAACGCUGAUCAAAGUGUUAGAGAUGUAUUCUUUGUGGUGUGGGAAAUUUGCAAACACUGUGCCCAAGGACGUCGUUGAGUGGUUUGUGAAAGGACCAGAGCUGAAGACAAGCACGUCGGCUGUGCGAACGGCCUACAUCGAGUGCAUGCUGGUGUGCUUCCACGGCAACACGCUGGGCCAGGCUGAGGAGCUGAUCGGGUCCCUGCUGAAGCGCGUGGAGAAGGCGGCAGCGCAGCCAACGCAGCCAGCCGUGGUGACGGAGGGUCUGGCGGCAGCGUGCCUUGUGCUCAAGCUGGCCGCUGCCGACGCGUGCCUCGACUCAAAACUGAACUCGUUCUGGCCGCUUGUCUACGACAUGGAGAGGCAGGUGUUCCUUUCAGAGAAAUUCCUAGCGCAGAGCUCAGCCGCCACGCUUGUGCUGGUUGCGCAGCUGUGCGAGCGGCUGCUGAGCGCUCACCGCGCUGGCGAGGACGACGAACUGCGACCCGUGCAGCACGCACUGCUCUACUGCAUGACACAUCAAGACGCGGGUGUGCGUCACAAGAGUCGGGUGAUGGUGCGGCGCCUCGUGCAAUCGCUCGGUGGCGUUAAGCUGGCGUGCCGGCUGCUCGAGCGUUUCGCCGCCUUCCUUGAGAGCCUUCAGUCGGACGGUGAGGUCAACUCGGUCGACACUGGGGGUGGCGGGGUCGAUGGCAAGGGAGUCGGUGGCGAGAUUAGCGCCAAGGUGCACGUCGACUGCAUCCUGGCCAUCUGCUCCGGCUCCGCGGCGGCUGAAGACGCCGCCGAACUGGCGCUCAGCGCGCUGUUGUGCUGCCACAAUCAGCUGGUAGUCACCGCCGACCCGCGCCUCUGGCUCAAACUGCUCAGGCACGCCAACGUGGACCCAGAAAAGUUUGUUGAGGCGAAUCAAGAGAGACUGAAAACCCUGCUCGUGGACAAUUUUGAAAAUAAGCCCAGCCACUUCAACGCCCUCAAGACGGUCAUCUCGGUUGGCUGGACGUUCAUCCUGCCAGGCUUGGUUGAUAAGUGUCUCAGGCAACUAGAGGACUCUGCCCUGCUGACCGUCAGCCAGGUCGACUACCAGACGUACCUUACUCCUGAAGGCGAGUUGUUCGACAAGAGCGUCGCGAGCGCCGAUUCCAAUGAUGGUCUUAUGAACGCCAAGAACAUGAAGCGAGAGUCCAAAGCUUACUCGUACAAGGAGCAGGUGGAGGAGAUGCAGCUGCGCAAGGAACUGGCCGAAAAGAGGAAGAAACAAGGCCUCAAGGUGGAACCUGAGCUGAGCCAGAAGCAGAAAGAGGCGAUCCGCUUGCAGCUGGAGAAGGAGAGCGCUGUGCGAAGCAGGCUGUUCGCAAUGAACGCGUCCCUUCAGGCGACCAUUGCUAUGGUCGACGCGGCCGUCGAGGGCCAGCCAGAUGCCUUCUCGUUUUACUUUAAGGACUUGAUUCCCGCUUUGUUACAAACGCUACAGUCUCACCUCGCGUCCGAAUCCACGCAUCUGCUCUUCCUCCGGCUUGGCAGGUGUGUAUUUGGAGUUCAACAACGCACUUUGAACCUACUGGUGGCUUACACCCUGCUGCGUCUGCACUCGCCCAAGUGCGCUUUGGACGAAGCGUGGCAGCAGGAGGAGCUGUCGUCGGCCGUGCAGCGAACAAUCAGCCUGCUGGACAAACUCGUGUCUGGUGGAAAGAAGUGCCUCUCUGCGCCUGCCUUCUGUUACAGCUUCCCGCUGAUCAGGGCGGCACUGCUGUCCGCCAGCCUCGGCAUCAGGAGCAAGAGUCCCAACGAAAACCUGAUCGUCACUGGGCUGCACUUCAUUUCAGAGCACGCUAAAAUGCGCAAGGCAGCUGACGGGGCUGACAUUCUGCGCGAUCCUACAUUGCUUCCGCGCAAAAACACAUUCGACCUGCUGAUCGACAUCAUUGGCGAGACAAGCGGCCGCCUCCAGCUGCUCGCCUGCAACACGCUCAUUGAUGUGGCCACAUCAGGAUCAGGAAACGUCGGCUGCGCUCGGGCGCGAGAGGACGAAAUCAGGGCGUUGAUGUCCGCGCUGCAGAGUCCCCAGGCUGUGAUUCGGGACUCUGCCAUCAGGGCAUUGCUCACCAUGGAGAAGGCUCUUCCUGGAUCAAAUGACCCUUUGGCUUUGGAUCUGCAGAGACGCUUGUUCAUUGCUUUGUACGACAUCUGCAAAGAGAAUAGGGAGCCCGCAGAACAGCUGUGGAAGGCAGCAAAAAUCCAACUAGACCACGAAAAACUCUGCCCAGAACUAUUGAAAGACGUGACCCACCCAGUAGAAGACGUCCAAAUGGCGGCCGCUGAAGCUCUGGCCGAGCUUCUGAAGCAACGCACGUGCCUGCUGGACGGCGUGUUGCAGGAGCUGCUGGUCACGUACGAGGACAAGCUGACCAUGACGCCUCCGCAGCUGGACGACUUCGGCCGCGUGGUCGUUGACUCGAUCGACCACUGGGAGCCGCGCAAGGGUGUGGCGCAAGCGCUGCAGCAACUGGCGCCGCUGCUCACACCGGUGUCUGUGUCAGAGCUGGCCGAGUUCUACGUCUCAACUGGACUGAUGGACAGGAAUGAGGCGGUCCGCAAGGCCAUGCUCGCGUCUGCCCUGGCAGCGGUCGACCUGCAUGGCAAGGAGACGGUUGGCAGUCUUCUUCCAACUUUUGAGGAAUUCCUGGAUAAGGCCCCAAAUUCAAGUACUUAUGACGCCGUCCGCCAGUCAGUGGUCAUUCUCAUGGGCUCACUGGCCAGGCAUCUCGAGCUCACCGACCCGCGGAUCAAGCCAAUCGUGCACAGGCUGCUCAACGCACUCACCACACCUUCGCAGCAGGUGCAAGAGGCAGUGGCCAACUGUCUGCCGCCGCUGAUGCAGGCCGUCAGCGACGACGCAGCGGACAUCGUGAAAGGGCUUCUGCGUCAGCUGCUAGAAUCCGACAAGUACGGCGAACGUAAGGGCGCCGCCUACGGCCUGGCCGGCGUGGUCAAAGGCCUGGGCAUCCUUGCGCUGAAGCAGUUGGAGAUCAUGGCGACCCUGACCGAGGCGAUCCAGGACAAGAAGAGCUACCAGCACCGCGAGGGUGCGCUGUUCGCCUUCGAGAUGCUGUGCAGCAUGCUCGGUAGGUUGUUUGAGCCAUACAUCGUGCACGUGCUACCGCAUUUGCUGCUCUGCUUUGGCGACCCAAACCAGUACGUACGCGAGGCGACCGACGAGACAGCCAAAGUGGUCAUGAGCCGGCUUUCGGCGCACGGCGUCAAGCUGGUGCUGCCUUCGCUGCUGGCCGCGCUCGAAGAGGACUCGUGGCGCACCAAGACCGGCUCCGUUGAGCUGCUCGGCGCCAUGGCCUUCUGCGCGCCCAAGCAGCUCUCCUCCUGCCUGCCCAACAUCGUGCCCAAGCUGAUUGAGGUGCUCAGUGACUCGCACGUCAAGGUACAGAAGGCCGGCGCCCAGGCCUUAGGACAAAUCGGCUCGGUCAUCCGCAACCCUGAAAUCCAAGCCAUCGUGCCGGUGCUGCUGGAGGCGCUGCAGGACCCGGCUAAGAAGACCGCCACCUCUCUGCAGACUCUACUUGAGACACAGUUCGUGCACUUUAUUGACGCGCCGUCACUCGCCCUCAUCAUGCCGGUCGUUCAGAGAGCCUUCCAGGACCGCUCCACCGAGACCAGGAAGAUGGCCGCACAGAUCAUUGGAAACAUGUAUUCGCUUACUGCGCAGAAGGACUUGAUGCCGUACUUACCCACGAUCAUUCCAGGCUUGAAAAUGUCUCUGCUGGAUCCUGUCCCGGAGGUGCGCAGCGUGUCGGCCAGGGCGCUGGGCGCCAUGGUGCGCGGCAUGGGCGAGUCGAGCUUCGAGGAGCUGCUGCCGUGGUUGAUGGAGACGCUUACCUCAGAGAGCAGCUCGGUGGACCGUUCAGGCGCCGCGCAAGGCCUGAGCGAGGUAGUCGGCGGGCUGGGUGUGGACAAACUGCACAAGCUGAUGCCCGAGAUCAUCGCGACGGCCGAGCGGAACGACAUCGCUCCGCACGUCAAGGACGGCUACAUCAUGAUGUUCAUCUACAUGCCGGUGGCGUUCCCCAAGGAGUUCACGCCGUACAUCGGUGAGAUCAUCAACCCCAUCCUGAAGGCGCUGGCCGACGAGAACGAGUACGUGCGGGACACGGCACUUAAGGCGGGCCAGCGCAUCGUCAACCUGUACGCAGACACGGCAAUCAUGCUGCUGCUGCCGCAGCUCGAGCAGGGUCUCUUCGACGACAACUGGCGCAUCAGGUACAGCUCCGUGCAGCUGCUUGGUGACCUGCUCUACAAGAUAUCCGGCGUGUCUGGAAAGAUGAGUACUGAGACCGCUGAUGAAGACGACAACUUCGGCACGGAGCAGAGCCACUCUGCUAUCAUCGACGCUCUUGGCGGGGAAAGGAGAAACAGAGUCUUGGCUGGUCUCUACAUGGGCAGAUCUGAUGUGGCGCUGAUGGUGCGUCAGGCGGCGUUGCACGUUUGGAAGGUGGUAGUGACAAACACACCGCGCACCCUCCGAGAAAUCUUGCCGACCCUCUUUGGACUUCUGCUCGGCUGCUUGGCGAGCACGAGCUACGACAAGCGGCAGGUGGCCGCUCGCACCCUCGGCGACCUUGUUCGCAAGCUUGGCGAGCGAGUGCUGCCUGAGAUCAUUCCCAUCCUGGAGCGAGGCCUCGAGUCGGACCAGCCUGACCAGCGGCAGGGCGUCUGCAUCGGUCUGUCCGAAAUCAUGGCGUCCACCAGCCGAGACAUGGUGCUCACCUUUGUCAACAGCCUCGUGCCGACGGUGAGGAAGGCCCUGUGCGACCCGCUGCCCGAGGUGCGACAGGCGGCCGCUAAGACCUUUGACAGCCUGCACUCGACAGUGGGUGCCAGGGCGCUCGACGACAUUCUGCCUGCCAUGCUGCACCAGCUCAGCGACCCUGAAUUGGCAGAGUACACUUUGGAUGGAUUGAGACAGGUGAUGGCCAUCAAGUCGCGUGUAGUGCUACCAUACCUGGUGCCGCAGCUGACUGCGCCACCAAAGGCCAACACGAAGGCGUUGUCCAUCCUGGCGUCGGUGGCGGGCGAGGCGCUGACCAAGUACCUGCACCGCAUCCUGCCAGCCCUGCUGACCGCGUUGGCCGACGCGCAGGGAACACCGAACGAAGCACAGGAGCUUGAGUACUGCCAGGCUGUGAUUCUGUCCGUGACGGACGAGGCGGGUGUGCGUACCGUCAUGGACCAGCUGAUGGAGGCGACCAAAUCGGACAAGGCCGAGGUGCGGCGCUCAGCGGCCACGCUGCUCUGCGCCUUCUGCAGCAACUCGCGCGCCGACUACUCGCAGUACGUGCCGCAGCUGCUGCGCGGCCUCAUCCACCUGUUCACCGACCAGGACAAGGACGUGCUGCAGAUGAGCUGGGAGGCGCUCAACGCUGUCACCAAGACGCUCGACCCUGCCCAGCAGCUUGAGCAUGUUGGUGACAUCAGACAGGCGGUCCGCUUCACCCUCAGUGACCUCAAGGGACAACAGCUUCUGCCUGGAUUCUGCUUACCUAAAGGAAUCACUCCAAUUUUACCGAUCUUCCGCGAGGCGAUCCUGAACGGCCCGCCGGAGCUGAAAGAGCAAGCGGCGCAGGGCUUGGGCGAGGUGAUCAAGCUGACGAGCGCAGAGGCGCUACAGCCGUCGGUUGUGCACAUCACGGGCCCGCUGAUCCGCAUCCUGGGCGACCGCUUCAACUGGAACGUGAAGGCGGCCGUGCUGGAGACGCUGGCGCUGCUGCUGGCCAAGGUGGGCUUGAUGCUGAAGCAGUUCCUGCCGCAGCUGCAGACCACCUUCCUGAAGGCGCUCAACGACAGCAACCGUCAGGUGCGACUGAAGGCGGCCUGCGCGCUCAGCCACCUGAUCGUGAUCCACACAAGAGCUGACCCGCUUUUCCUUGAGCUGCACAAUGGCGUCAAGAACGCCGACGACCCUGGCAUCAGGGAGACCACCCUGCAUGCGCUCAGGGGCGUCAUCUCGCCCGCCGGAGAGAAGAUGACCGAUCCGCUCAAGAAGGCCGUCUUCCAGACCCUGACGACCAUGCUGUCGCACCCAGAGGACACCACCAGGUCGGCCGCCGCUGGCUGUCUUGGCGCGCUCUGCCGAUGGCUUUCCAAGGAGAAGUUGAACGAGCUGCUGACUGAGCGGCUGCUUGUAGACGACGCAUCGACGGACUGGACGGUGCGUCACGGGCGCAGCGCAGCCGUGUUUGUGUGCCUGAAGGAGUCGCCGGAGAGCAUUUACACGGAGGAGCACCGGGCCAAGGUGGAGCGCGUGCUGGGCAGCUACCUGGCGGCGGACCGCGUUCCCAUCGUGAUGAACGGCGUGCGCGGCUGCGGAUACCUGCUGGUGCACAUGCUGACAAGUGGGACGCCGGUGCCGGUGGGCCUGGUGCAGCCGCUGGCUCGCACCAUGAACCACGCGAGCAACGAGGUGAAGCAGUUGCUGGCCAGAGUGACCGCCUUCGUGGCCAGGUCGGUCACGGACGAGCAGAUGCAGCCCGAGCUGCUCAGGAUGCUCAUCCCGACGCUGGUCAACGGCACCAAAGAGAAGAACUCAGUCGUCAAGGCCAACAGCGAGCUCGCCCUGGUGGCCGUGCUCCGCCUCCGCACCGACCCUCAGUACCAGCAACGCUGCCUCGAGAUGCUCGACAUCGGCGCCAGGGAGAGUCUCGCAGACGUCAUCAGCAAGGUGCUGCGCAAGAUCGCCAACCAGCCCGAGGGCAAGGACGAGGAGCUCGACGACACCCUUCUUGUCUGACUGAUCCCCUUUUUCUUUUCUUUUUUUACUGCUUUUCCCGUGACUUGUAAUCUAUGUAAGCGUAUAAUAAACAUCAUGUUUGUAAAAUUGA